UUGUAUUCAUAGUUCGCGUGCGGCGAUCGCCAAGGCGUCGACGCCAAGUGAAAAAUAAUCACAUCCACUGCCGGCCGCACUGAUUUUGAGAGAUUUAUAACUGAAUUCAACAUCUUUUGGCUCUCUAACCAUUUCCCUCAGGGAGUAAAUAACAGGCGUGUCAGCGUGACCCGAACCGUAUAAAACAAUCCAGCGCGCGCGAGAUGCGACACUCGCCGGCGAUGAAGCCGAUCGGUGUGUUAGCGCUGUCCCUGUUAGCCUGUGUGGCCACGGCUCAAAUAGCCAAGCAGUGGACUCAGCGACCCUCCACGCCCGUCAACACCAAACAUUGCGAGGUGGCGCCGCACCACAAAAUUCGUUGCGGUCCCGCCACUAUUUCGAUAUCAGAGUGUGAAAAAAUCGGCUGCUGCUUUGAUGGAAACGUGUGCUACUACGGCAGACACGUGACUCUCCAGUGUACCCAAGAUGGCCAGAUGAUCGUGGUGAUCAGCAGAGAAGCCACGAUACCCCGCGUGGACUUGGAGUCCAUUUCCUUCAUCACCAACGAGCCUGGAUGCCGCCCGGUGGACACCACCUCGGCUUUUGCCAUCUACCAGUUCCCCGUCACGGCGUGCGGGACCGUCGUCACGGAGGAGCCUGGCCUUCUCAUCUAUGAAAACGCCAUGUCCGCCUUCUAUGAAGUUUCUGUUGGAUCGUAUGGAGCCAUCACCAGGGACAGCAGAUUUGAGUUGGCUGUCCAGUGCAGAUACGUUGGCACUUCAGUUUUGGCUCUCAUCAUGGAGGUGGACCCGAUUCCAGAACCCCCACCAGUAGCAGCUCCCGGUCCCUUGAAUGUGCAACUCCGGCUAGGCAACGGCAAACGCAUGGCUAAGGGUCAAAUGGACGAGGAAGUGGUCUUCAACUACUUUUACGUGGAUAGUGACUACCCGGUCACGAAGGAGCUCAGGGAGCCUGUGUACGUGGAGGUCAGGAUACUUGGGAGGACUGAUCCCAACCUGGUCUUGAAUCUCAGGCGGUGUUGGGCCACGGUUGCCCGUACAGGGACGACCGCUACAGGACCACCCUGGUGCGUGUGGACGAUUCUUCGGGCCUGCAGUACCCCAGCCAUUAUCGGCGUUUUUUCUUCAAGAUGUUCACCUUUGUGUCCACCAUACCAGCUGAUCCUAGCAAGGGAGGAGCUGCAGAGCAACAGAAACAGCUGGCAGCUCCUACAAUGCAAAAGAUUUUUAUCCACUGCGAAACCACAGUGUGUACUCCUCAUGCGGGAAACAACUGCGAGCCUCAGUGCUUCAGAGGGAAGAGGGACCUCGCUGGCAUCAAACAAACAAACGGCCAACCAGACAGCACUUUGGUCAGCAGUUUGGAAAUUCGAUUUGUUGACCCCAACUAACAAUGUGCAAUCACUCACCUGGGAUUUACAAGAAAUAAAAGUAGUUGGAUUACAUGUGUAUUUGCAAAAGAAUCACUGAAUUAGCAGAAGGUGUCGUACGACUUAUUUCUAGUGUUGCACCGAUAGUAGUAUCGGUAGGGGCACAGACAUAACAAAGGGGACAUUUUGUGCUAAAGUUAGCCCUCAGCCUACCUUUGCUAGCAGAACAGCUAACAUGACUUUGGAUACUUGAUGAAAAAUGUAUCAUUUUUACAGAUAAACCUUUUGAGAUGAUUCAAUUUCUUUGAUUAUAUAGCUUUAACAGACUGGACAUGUUAUG